GGCGUUGAUGUCGUCAAAUUUCUAAUUAGUAGAAAUCAUCAAUAGUGUUAUGUAUUUCAUGAUAUUCAUAGUACAAGAAAAAACAUUGAAAUGUAGUGUUUGUUGUGUACACGUGAUGGUAUUAUAAGAAACGUGAUUUUUGUUUAAUCACAACGUGAAAAUUUAUAAAUAUUGAGAAAUGGUAAAUGUUCUGAAAGGAAUUCUUGUGGAAUGUGAUGCAGCUAUGAAACAAUUUCUUUUACAUUUGGACGAAACUCUCGCUCUGGGAAGAAAGUUUAUAAUACAAGAUCUGGAUGAAAGGCAUUUAUUUAUUUCUGUUGACAUUUUAGAGACAUUACAAGCCAAAGUGGAUGACCUUAUGGAUCAAAUAUCAUUUCCAUUAGCUGAAAAAGGAAUAUAAAUAAUAAUAUAAAUUAAAAAGAAAUAAAUUUUUUGUAUAAGUUAAUUGGUUGUACAAUUAAUAAAAAUGUCAGCAAGAGAAUCAGGUAGGAUAAAGGAUGCUUAUCAAAAAAGAGUCCUCGAUGAUGCUGCUCGCAAGCGUAGACAAAAGAA